AUGAAACAAAAGACUAUGCAACAGAUCAUCCCAAGCAAUUUCAUUGACAAACACAAACUGGAAGAUUUCCUAUCCACAACAAACGAUCCUAGUUCCUUCAAAGUCACAAGGAAGCUGGACAAAUACCACAUUCAAUAUUUCAUCGUCAAUGGGAAGCCACCCCGGGAGCUUAGCUGGGAAGAUGUUGCUAUGUUGAAGAGAUGA